CGUAGUGAUAUGGUCAAGCUCCGCCCCCCUCGCCCGCUGUUCGCUGAGGAUGGGGGACGGUCCGGGUAUCUACCACGAACGGCAGCGGCGGGAGCUGUGUGCGGUGCACGCCCUGAUUUUUUUUCGGGUAGAUUGACUCUCUUCCGGUUAUAUCCGUUGUUUGACGUAUGAUGAUUGUUGUUGCAGGUUGUCCCCGAACACCGUCCUAAACCCGCACCGCAGCCUGCUGGGCACCGGAAACUAUGAUGUCAACGUCCUCAUGGCGGCCCUGCAGAUGCUGGACUACGCCGCCGUGUGGUGGGACAAACGCAGGUCUCUGGAGAGUUUGGCGCUGAGCGAAAUCUUCGGCUUCAUCCUGAACAUCCCAUCUCCCAUCUCGCUGGGCUUCCUCUCUCUGCCCAUCACCCGCAAGCACUGGAUCGCCGUACGGCAGAUCAACGGCACCUACUACAACCUGGACUCCAAGCUGAAAUCCCCUGCCAAUCUGUUCUUCAAUGCUCUCUAUGUUGGGCCCCCCCGGGGGCUCCCCAACAUCCCACAAUGCAAUGCAGGAGUCUCGGUAGAUGCUUACGUUGCAUUUCGGGAUGGGGACACACCACAGUUUAGGGGGACAACGACACGCACUUGGCAUCCAUGUUAUGACAGGUUCUCGGUGCCGUAUCAGCCGGUAGUCACCCUGUUUUGUUUUGUUUUUCCCUCUUGCAGGGACUUCCUGCAGGGCUGCAUCACCCGCGGCUCCUGCGAGAUCCUCCUGGUGGUGACGAAGGAGGUGGAGGAGAGCCGGCUGUGGAUCAACGAGGAGGUCGCCACGUGAGAGCAAGUUCUUUCCCAGAAUCCUC